UAUAUAUGUAUGUGUGUCGUAACCUGUCUAUGUGGUGAGCAAAGGUUAAAUCUGAUAACGCUAACUUACAGUAGGAGCAGGCAGGGACAGACGAACUGUUAAACUCACUCGCUCAGUAGGACUUCUGUCUUGUUCAAUCAUGAAUUUCUUCCUGGAAACGAUCCAAGUCCUCCUGCUGUCCCUCUGGUACAAUGUGGAAUCUUUCAUCCACAUCUUUGUGCCCAAGAAGAAGAAGAACAUCGCUGGUGAGGUGGUGCUGAUCACGGGGGCAGGUAGCGGGAUCGGCCGCCUCAUGGCUCAGGAGUUUGCGGCUCGUGGCACUGUGUUGGUGUUGUGGGAUAUUAACCAGGACGGGAUGAAGGAAACGGCUAGACUGGCUAAGCAGAGCGGAGCCAGCAGAGUCCACUACUAUCUGUGUGACUGCAGCGACAAGAACGAGGUUUACAGAGUGGCUGACCAGGUCAAGCGAGAGGUGGGUGACGUCAGCAUUCUGGUCAACAAUGCUGGGAUCGUGACAGGAAAGAAGUUCAUGGAUGCUCCCGAUUCCCUGAUUGAGAAGACGAUGGAGGUCAACACUAUGGCUCACUUCUGGACCUACAAGGCCUUCCUUCCUGCCAUGAUUGCCAACAAUCACGGCCAUCUUGUCAGCAUUGCUAGUUCUGCUGGACUCAUAGGAGUCAAUGGAUUGGCAGACUACUGUGCCAGUAAGUUUGCAGCAGUAGGUUUCGCAGAGUCGGUGGGUCUGGAGCUGCUGGCAACUGGGAAAGAUGGCGUCAAGACCACCAUUGUGUGUCCGUACUUCAUCAACACCGGAAUGUUCAAUGGAUGUCAAACUAAGUGGCCAAGACUGAUGCCAAUCCUGGAUCCAGACUAUGUAGCCAAGAAGAUCAUCAAUGCUGUGCUCACAGACCAGGUCUUCCUGCUGAUGCCCAAGAGCAUGUACCUCAUCACUGCUCUCAAGAACGUCCUCCCCAUGAAGCAGGGCAUUAUGCUGGGCCAGUACCUGGGAGCCUUCAACCUCAUGGACACAUUCAAGGGACGCUCCACAAAACAGGAGUAAAUGAAGAGAGAGAAGAGAAGGAUGAGUAAUAUGGAAGGAGACAUGCACAUAUUAAAGCUAUCUACCUAUUGUGUAUUGCUGUAAUAAGACAGAACAGUAGUCGUGAAGGUUGGAUUUGAUUGCUGCUCUCAUUUCAAUGGUUCAUGUAUUCAAGCAUUGAAUGCCAGUUAGUCUCUUUAUAUCUCUGUUUCAAUCCUUAAUAUAUCCUUAACGUCCCUGUUUUUAAAUGGCAUGAUCAAUAGUAAAAUUUAAAAUGCGAUCUUAUUAAUAACAGUUUGUAAUUGAAUAGAAUAUAGUGCUCAUAAUGGCCUCCUAAAUUUAGCCAGCUAGUGUUGUUGCCUACUACUACUUGUUGAGGACCAAUCAUGAUGAUGUAAUGAUGUAUCAUCAGUCCACAAACCGCCAAGUCAAACAUUUCCCUAUAUUAACAGGGCUCAAAGUCAAAUGUCAUGUUUGAUUUGAAUGUCCGUUCUGUAAAUUAGUAAUAUUGUGGUGUGGUUGGAGCCACAACUACAGUUGCUUCAACACAGAUGGAAACAAUACAAACCCAUCAAAUCAAAUAAGAGUGACAGUUUACUUAUGCCAACUAACUGUAGACAGAGCUCAUCAUCUUUAGAAUAUUCAAAGCUCCAGCAUUAAUAAAAAUGACGUAUCAGUAGAAGCAGGUUCCAGGGCGUCGUCACCAUAACAAAAACCUUGUUCACUGUAAAUGAUGCUCAUCCGUAAUCCACAGAUGCAUCAGAGGCAGGUAAUAAAUCUAACUUGUACAUCUAUCAAUGUAUACUUCUUACUAAAGCUGGAUAUGUUUUGAUUACAGUAAACAUGCUGACACUGCUUUAUUGUGAUAUAUUAGCACUAUUUGUGAAUGAGCCAUAAUAAUCAUCUCUAAAAGGUUUUGGGCACACUUUUGUUGUUAAUCUGGCUCAGGGUUUUUCAGUCUAAAUCAUUUCCCAUUAAAAAUAAAGCAAGUGCUCAUACUCAGGAACAGUGAACCCUACUAUGUGAUACCUCGCCUUGUAAACUUUGGACCACCUGAAGCUCUUGUGUGUUCAGACUGAAAAACAAGCUAUUCUCUCCUCGUGUUGAGUUUGAAAGCUUGUUUGUUUUUGAAGUUUUUUUGCAAACAGCAAAUGUACGGACUGUUAAGACAUAGCUGUUUAGCACUGUAGCAGCGUACUAGCAUGCUACAGCUAGCUAGAGUGUGAGAGGAGACCUCUACUUUUCUUCUUGGUUCUAUAUAUUGAUGAAAGCCUCGAGAUGAGCACAAAAAUAUGAAAUCUAAACAUCUUUAUACUUGUGCGGUGAUCUUAAGCACAAGGAGGCUUGUCAUCUUCAGUGAGUAAGGUGAACGUCAGCCCUUUAUCCCUCGUUUCAGCUAGUUUACUCGAUGGUUUCCUAGCAACACUGCCAGCUGUGUUUUAACGUUCCAAAAUGUUGUGGAUGGAGGCAUCAUAGGGGGCUUGUAUACAGUCUGUGCAUGUCUCCUGUGGAUGAAAACGUUCUCAGAAGUCGUUUUUGAAGUAAUAUGCAUGUAUUUGCACUCAGUCUCUUCAUUUUUCACCUAUUAAGCACAUUUACUACCACACAAGCCUCAGUCUGUAAUGGUUAUAUUAUAAAGAUUAUAAUACAAAUCACUCAUCCCAUCCACUCAUUAGUUUUCAUUUAACAGUGCCAUUAUUAAUAUGUAAUGGAUUGCCAUAAUUUGAGUGUGUGUCAUUUGAUGUUUUUUCAUAUGGAACACAACUUCUGUAACAGUCAUCUUUACUGAUCUAUCUUCAUUAGGAGAUAUUAUGCACCUGUUGUCUUAAACAUGCUAACCGUUCAAUGAGUGCUAAAGAAAGAUAGUAAUAUCAGGAGUUUAGAGAAAUGUAUCUUAAGGUACAUUUUACUACAUGUCAUGUUUUCAGAACUUUUAAGUGCAAACUACCUGGAAGUGAAAAUUCUGAUCAAUAAAUUCACAUUUUAAUGUUUGA